AUGGGUUCAACCGUAUCGACCCUUCUCGCGUCAACCGCAAUUUUUCUAGCCUUACCGCCCGGAGCACUAGCAACAGAUGGUGUCGACUUCUCAAACAAUUUAUUUUCCGACCUGGGGCCCCUACUAGCUCUCUUCGGGGAACAAGUUGCCAAGCAGUUCAUGUCCCAGUCCAUGAGCUGGCUCGAGGAUGUAAUAUUCGCCAUGGCGCCACUGGGCAUCAUCACCGCGAUAACAGGCGCAGUGCGGGUUGCCGGGCCAAUCUGGCUUAAGGCAGUUGUCGGGAGGGCUAGAGAAAGUGGGGCGGCCGCAGAGAUGGAGCUUAUGUCUUCUACCUCGCACCAGGUGUGCGAACUUUGGAAUGGGGAAGCUAUUGUUCGAGUUAUGGGUUCCCCAGAAAUUGCCGAGAUUCUCUAUUUUGAGGAGGAGACAGUCCCCAGAGGCAAGAGCAGAUUGUUCACAUUUGAGACGGCUACGGAGAAACUUCUAUGUUUAAAAAACGACAAAGAACAAACAAGGGAGGAGAAUUUUUUCUCGAGGAUCUUUUCGCGGAUUUCCUUACAGGGCUCCUCAGCCAAACCCCGUCCGGCGCGGACAGAUACCGAAAGUACCGCGGGGGGCCGGUGGGGAAGAAAUCCUCGGAACACAUCAAGGCUCACCACCUCCGCUAGUGCCCCAAACAUAUCAUUAAACUUCUGUGAAAUCAAGAGACAGUGGGAACUAUGGUUAUUCGCUCUUCUGGGCGUUGCGCUUCAGUCUGGCUCCCUAGUCUUCAUUGGGGUCGUACAUUAUCACCCCGGGCUUAGAUUGAAGGAGAAGGAAAAUUCGGAAUAUGCCUACCCCCUUAUGGCAUCUGGGACUCUUCUGUUAGUGCUAGGGAUGAUGGCAUGUUCGCAUGUAGUGCAAGCCUCAUCUAUAGAAACCACCUGGGUAGCUGAUAAAAACUUUAAGAUUCUAUGGCUGCAAAAGAGCUCAACUGUUAACGAUCAGCUUUUCGGGUCAUAUGCCAUCUUCGGUGAAGGGGAACGUAGGACACUCACCACUUCCCGCCACAUAAAAUACACAUCUUCCUUAGAGAACUCAAGUUCUACAAAGCAUACUUUGACUGCGUCUCUCUCCUUCCAGAAUCUGACCAUUGCGGGGUCAUUUAUCAGUAUUGUUGGCUUUGUAACCCAGUUUGUCGGAAUUCGUGCUCUGCACUGGUCAGCGCCCGUUACACAGUUGGGUGUAACUUUAGCGAUGACUGCUGCGAGAACUUGGAUUCGUCGAAAUAUGUCUGCGCGGCCUGGGGCUAGAAUCGUGCCGACAGAUUAUGAAAUCGAUUGGCUUGCAGUAAAGUUUGGGACAUCCCCGGAGAAUCUCUGGGAAUCCGGGGAACUUCAUGGCAAACACGAUGGCCCGGAUGGGGGUGACGAUGGGGAUGGCGAUCCUGGUUGGGAAGUGUUAACUAUGCGGAGAUAUGGCAAAGAAAAAGAUUAUCAAAAAGGGACUGGUGAACCCAUGGCCGAAACAAUACUAAAAACGCGGGAGGAACUCGGACGCCUUACGAAAUGGAAAGGGCUCUCUCACUCUUUUGCACUAGAGCUCACUAAAUGCCUUCGAUCCCUGCUGACAUGUUUCGUGACCUCACACGCUAUCAUUUUCGAGGAGAGCUUCGUGGGUUCCGAGGUUUUUCGGUGGACCCUUCAGGUCGAGGCUGGACAGGGGAUUGAGCCGAUAGAUGUAACUGCAACAAGGAGUAAGGAUGGGGGAAAUUGGCUCCCAUGGGAUGUUUCUUCAUCCGAGCUUUGCGCUAUUAUCUCAUUGUGGAGCUAUGGAAUGAGUAAUUACGAGCAGGCCCCGGAGGACACUCCCGAUAAGGACAGGUCAUCUUCGGAUCAUGGGCGUGGAACCCCGACGGUUUUACGGGUACUUGGAUCCUCGAAUCCCCUCCUCAUUCGCGAUUGCGAGUGGUGGAUGGAUCGAGGAGGAAGGUUUGUGGUGGUGGACACCCGCGAGCUGGAGAAUGCAAAAAAGUCCGGCCAGACGAUAGCUCUCAAGACGAGAGAACGCUCCAAAACUGCACAAAUAAAGCGCAGCACUACCGAGGGCUCGACAUCUGUUGCCUCCCAUCGCAUCGUGGGUACCAAGCCUAGUGGCAAGGAAUCGCUUGUUUUCGCAUCUGAGGGUCCUCUUCGGCGAAUGUGUGCUCAAGAGAUAUUAUCUUCUUUCAUGUGGGAAAUCGCGGGCGUUGUUCGGUCCAUCACCGGCAAAACCGAGUCCAGAACUGCAAACCCCUCCGGCAUUCAUGAAAGCGAGCCUAGCGAACAGUUCAAUUUCAAGCUCGAAAAUGCUUUCUUCCGAGAACUCGCCGAGAUCAUAACCGAGUCCGGAGUAACCAGCAAUCAUCAGGAGGCUUAUGCACUCAUAAUCCCACCUUUUUCCGAAGCCGACAAACUGCCC